UUUGAUAAGACGUUUUUUGAGGAUUUGUUCAUUUUAUCUAAGUUUCCAAAUUAAUUGAAAUAAGGUGACUUAUAAUAUCAUCCUGUGAUGUUUUAGUGUCUUUAGGCACACACCUAUUGUCCUUCUUCCUGCUCUGGGCUGGGAAGGCCUAGGUGCAAGUGCGGCUGAUCCACUCCAGUGAGGCCGUUGGGGUUCUACACAGAAUCUGGACAGAACAUCGGGCAGCCCUUGCUGCCUGAUGUUGGGUGGAAGAACAGAAGUGUUAUACUUUGAGCCAACUCUACUUCUUGUUGAAAGAGAACCCGCCUACUUGGGGAAGUCUGGUGAUGUUAAAGGCCAGAGUUUGAAACACAGCAAUUCUCAGGGGUUCAGAAAACUUGCAGGAUCAAUUUUCAGGCUCUCUAAGAGAUGUGGUAGGAGCUGGAUGUUCUUCAGCCCAUCAAAAUGUGGUUCAUGCUGCUGAGUAUAGCUUUGAAUUAUUUAGUCAUGUAACCAGACUUUUCAGAAACAGCCAUUAUUGGUAUAUAACUUCUCUGUGGAUAAUUUCUUAUUUGUUCUUGAAUUUUAAAAAUUCUCCAUCUAGGGUCUUGAUCACAUUCCAGAUGUCUAAUAAAGAACUCCAGGUUUCCACAGGCCCAUACCUCAGACAUUUCAGGUGGCACAAGAUUUUGGUUGUGGUGCUAGCCAUUGUGUUUUGGGUCCUGUACUUCAGGAUUUUCUGGUCUGGCAACAGUGACCCUUGGCCUCCAAAGUCCCCUUCUGCAGACAAAGAUCCCACUUCUCUCCCCCUGGAGCUCCCCAACUUGAUCCACCUUCUAUACUGGCCUCUGACCCCAGGAGAUGGGGGGGACCUUUUGGCCUCCACCAGCCACAAGACCUCCACCUACCACCUGAGGGGUCCUGCUCAGGACACCUAUGCCCUGGGAAGCUACCUGGAGGUUGUCCUUGUGGCCAGGGACCACCGGGGCAGGCCCAAGACCCAUGGUGGGGAUCUGUUUCAGGCACGAUUGCUGAGUCCAGAAUUGAGAGCAGGGGUCCCCGGGGAUGUCCAGGAUCUGGAGAAUGGCACAUACCUAUUGUCCUUCCCUCUGCUCUGGGCUGGGAGGGCCCAGGUGCAAGUGCGGCUGAUCCACUCCAGUGAGGCCGUUGGGGUUCUGCGCAGAAUCUGGACAGAACACUGGGCCACAAUUGAUUUCAUAGGCUAUUUCCGGGGACCCAGGGGAGAUGAAGAAAGUGUAUCUUGCAAUGUGAAUCCCUUGUUGAUCAGGGAGGAAAAAUCCUUCUGUUACUACAAGGAUGAAGAUUCAGGUGAACUCUGGUAUUGUGACCAGCCCCCUACCCUGGCCUGCAGCAUGCUGGUGGGACAUUCAGUUGGACAUUACUGGAAUGUGACCACAUCUCAUGAAGAGGCCCUGCUGGCUUGGAAUCUGACAGACAAGGUCCUCCCUCAGGGUAUUGGUCCAGUCCAUGUGGCCAGGAAUACCAGCAGGAGUCUGGUUCUGUCCCCUGCACUACCAUGUUACCCUGGGAUCUCUACUCCAAAGCCCUCUGGCUUCUACCACCAAGAUGUGUGGCACUCCCUGGCCUGCUCCAACCGACCCUUCCCCACUGUCAGCAGCAUCCUGGGCUGUCUGGCUGGCCACAUCAUCCACAUGAUGGGGGACUCCACGCUUCGGCAGUGGUGGGAAUAUCUGCGUGACACAGUGCCCUCCCUGAAACCAGUGGAUCUACAUUCCAUAUAUCAGGUGGGGCCCCUAAUGGCCGUGGAGACCACUCGGGGCAUAGUGCUGCACUGGCGAGCCCACAGCUGGCCCCUGCGCUCCCAACGCACACCAGUGGCCUCCCUGCACUCCGUGGUCAGAGAGCUGGGGGGCCUGGCCGGGGGCCCCCACACCGUGGUGGUGCUGGGCCUGGGAGCCCACUUCACCACCUUCCCUCCAUCCAUCUUUGCAAGACGACUGGCAGGGAUUCGAGCAGCUGUGAUGGCCCUGCUGGAGCGGGAACCCAGAACCCUUGUGGUCAUCAAACUGGCCAACACUGGCUAUAAGUCUGUGUAUGGCAGUGACUGGUUCACCCUGCACAUGAACCGGCUCCUGCGAUCUGCCUUUGCUGGUCUCCGUGUGGCCUUUGUGGAUGCUUGGGAAAUGACCUCCAGCCUGGCCCUGCCCGACAAGAUCCACCCAGAGAAGCUCAUUGUGAGCAAUGAAGUGAACUUGCUCCUCUCCUUCAUCUGUCCCACCUGAGAGCUACUGAGAGCUACUGUUGGCCUAGGUUGACAAAGGGCCUGGGCCACAGUUAUGAAGAAAAACACAGCCAUAAUAAAGCUUUUGGAAUAAGG